GCCAUGGGGCAACGCCUGGCGUGCCGGGGAAGUUGGUGUUGAGCAAAGGGGCCUACACGGGGCGAGGGACCGUCCGGGGCCGGAGGCAGAUCAUGCAGCGGGAGGCAACAGCCUCCAGCCCUUGACGGGAAACGGGGCUGCGGCGGCGCGAGGCCCAGCUUGGGAGACAAUCCCGGAGCGCGAAGGGGGCAUUUCUGCCCUGGAGAACGACUGUCUGCCUGCCUAGCAGACUGGCUGGCCCCCUUCCCGGCGCGGCGGCGACAGCAGCCCUAUCACCGCUCCCACCCGCGCCUCCCCUCAGCCUUUCCGGACUUCCCCUCAGCUCGGCGGCGGCAGGCGGCGGCUACGAGGACGCCGGCGCCGCCCGCCUCGGCCUAGUCCCGACUGAGGAGACUCCCGGCCGGCUCUUCCUCGCUCGCUCUCUGAGGCCCGCCUCGGCCUAGUAGCCCAAGCAGCCAUGUGAGGGAAGCCGCCGUCGCCGGCCUCCCCGCGCCUUCCUCGGCCCCGGCGGCUGCUCCUCCGGGGAUGCUCUUGCUGGCCGUGGGCGACGCCUCCGCCGCCGGCCUCAGCCCCGCCAUGGAGCCCCCCAACCCGGCGCUGGUCAUCCGCAUCCGCGUCCCGGACGGCGGCGCCGUGGACUGGACCGUCCACCCGGCGCCUCAGCUGCUUUUCAGGGACGUGCUGGAUGUGAUCAGCCAGGUUCUCCCUGAUGCGACAACAACCGCUUUUGAAUAUGAAGAUGAGGAUGGUGAUCGGAUUACCGUUCGAAGUGAUGAAGAAAUGAAAGCUAUGCUGUCCUAUUAUUGCACCACAGUAAUGGAGCAGCAAGUAAAUGGACAGUUAAUAGUGCCUCUGCAGAUCUAUCCAAGAGCCUGCAAACCUCCUGGGAAACGGAACAUACAUGGCCUGAAGGUAAAUACACGAGCAGGGUCUGCUAACAAUAGCGGUGCAGCCGUCCCGGAUUCCCUUCCAAGCAAUAGUUUGAAGAAGUCUUCUGCAGAACUGAAGAAAAUCUUAGCUAAUGGCCAGAUGAAUGAACAAGACAUACGGUAUCGAGACAUCCUCGGUCACGGCAAUGGAGGAACCGUCUACAAAGCUAACCAUGUCCCCAGUGGGAAAAUACUAGCCGUAAAGGUGAUCCCUUUAGAUAUUACACUGGAACUUCGAAAGCAGAUUAUGUCGGAGUUAGAAAUUCUUUAUAAGUGUGAUUCAUCCUAUAUCAUAGGGUUUUAUGGUGCUUUUUUUGUAGAAAACAGGAUUUCCCUUUGUACUGAAUUCAUGGAUGGGGGCUCUUUGGAUGUCUACAGAAAAAUUCCAGAACACGUUCUGGGAAGAAUAGCAGUAGCAGUUGUUAAAGGCCUUACAUAUUUAUGGAGCCUAAAAAUUUUACAUAGAGAUGUGAAGCCCUCAAAUAUGUUGGUGAACACAAGAGGCCAGGUCAAAUUAUGCGACUUUGGAGUGAGCACACAGCUGGUGAAUUCCAUAGCCAAGACGUAUGUUGGGACAAAUGCUUAUAUGGCGCCAGAACGAAUUUCAGGAGAGCAAUAUGGCAUUCAUUCUGAUGUUUGGAGUCUAGGAAUUUCCUUCAUGGAGCUUGCUCUUGGGAGGUUCCCGUAUCCUCAGAUUCAGAAAAACCAGGGAUCUUUAAUGCCUCUCCAGUUACUCCAGUGCAUUGUUGAUGAGGAAUCUCCUGUCCUUCCGGUUGGGGAGUUUUCAGAGCCCUUUGUACACUUCAUCACUCAAUGUAUGAGAAAGCACCCAAAGGAACGUCCAGCCCCUGAGGAAUUAAUGGGCCACCUCUUCGUCGUCCAGUACAAUGAUGGGAAUGCUGAGGUCGUUUCCAUGUGGGUGUGCCGGAUGUUGGAGGAGAGGCGUUUGCAGCAGCAGCAGCAGGGAUCUCAGUGAGCAGAAGACAUGCUGAAUGUCCAAGUAGCAGAGAGGCUGGCACUAGCCAGAGGCCACCCAGCCUUUUUGAUGCUUUGGUGGGAGACUCUGAUGAAGGCAUAUGGCUGUGUGUGUGAUGACUUUUUAUUCAGGAAAUAUUAUUUUCUUGAUUGUACUAACCCACACACACACCCCAAUUAUCAUCCACCAUGCUGUAUCCUGAAACCUUAUGACAAUAUUAUAUAUUUUAUUAAACUUAUUGUAUAUUU